GUUGGUCUUGAGAGCGCCCAGCACCAGCGGAUGAGCCAUCCGGAUCGUCGCGUCCUCCCCCUCCGCCCCUUCAGUACCGAACACACUCUUGAGCGCGCCCAGCUCGAUGGGAUCGCCCAGAGCGGUGCCCGUGCCGUGCGUCUCGAUGUACGACACGUCAGAGGGCGACAGGCUGGCCUGAGCCAAGGUCGAUCGAAGCACCUCUUGCUGCGCAGGGCCGUUAGGAGCUAUCAGGCUGGCGCUCCGCCCAUCGUGGUUGACGGCACACCCGACAAUGGUCGCCAGCGCUUGUUGGCUGCGGUUGCCAAGGUCGCUCGCUCGGCGCAGCACCACUGCUCCGGCGCCUUCGCCCCUGACGUAGCCGUUGGCCUUGGCGUCGAACGUCUUGCACUUGCAGUCGGGGGCGAGCAUCCGUGAUUUUGAGAAACUGAGGAAAUGGAUGGGCGCAAGCAUCAGACUAACUCCCCCAACAAGCGCUCCAUCGCAUUCGCCCAACUUAUAGUUCUUGACGGCCGAGUCGAGGGCGACGAGUGACGAGGAGCAGGCCGUGUCGAGUGUCAUGCUGGGGCCCUUGAGGCCGAAGACGUAAGAGACUCGGUUAGCGAUUACGCUCCCAGCGCCUCCGGUGGAUGCAAAGGGGCUGUGCUUCUCGGUGAUGUUGAUGUAGAGCCAGUCGUAGUUACAGGCUCCAACGAACACACCAAGUCGCUGUCCGAGGAGCUGCUCCCGGUUCAUGCCCGCACUGUGGAAGGCCUCGUAGCCAACCUCAAGAAUCAGCCGCUGCUGGGGGUCCAUCAUGAGCACUUCCGCAGGGCUGAUGUUGAAGAAGCCGUUAUCGAAUUGGUCGAUUCGGGUCAUGAAUCCAGCUUCACGUACAUAGCAUUUCCGGGAUUCAUCUGGAUCUGGAUUGUAGAAGGUGUCGGGAUUGAAUCGAUCCAGCGGCACCUCCUUCACUCCCGUCCUGGCCUCCAUGAGCAUUGACCACAUAUCCAUGGGGGACAUCACACCGCCGGGCAGGCGGCAUGACAUCCCGGUUACACACAAUCGAUCGCCAGCAUCGAAGGACAUCAUACCACUCCGCAGUGCGCUCGUGGCGGCCGGGCCCGACUCAACACCGCCGCGCAGCUCCUUGACGAUGAAGUCGAUAAGCGCGUUGAGCGUCGGGUAGUCGAACAAGGCCGUCGCAGGAAGCUUGACAUCGAGACGGGCUUGUAACGCAUUGCGAAACUCGACGGCGCCCAGUGAGUCGAUGCCGAGAUCUUGCAGCGGUGAAUCAAGGGGCGGCAUCUCUGAAGAACCGAGUGACUGUGAUGCACACUCAACGACGACUCCCAUCACGUGCUCUCGAAGCUGCUCGGCAGUCAUGUUACGAAGGGCGAGUGCUGCCUCCUUGUUGGCCGAAGAGUCCUCUCUCGGGGUGACAUCUUGCAGGAAUGACGGUGGGCCAUCGUCAUACCGUCGCAGGAAGACUGGCCACUUGAUGCCUUGGCACCCGACGACCAGGCAUUCUGACGAUGCCUUCAUGACGUCGCCUAGUACCCUGAUGCCGAGGUCGUUUGUGAUUCCGGUCAUGCCGGACUUGUUGAUGAGCUCCUUCAUCUCUGGCGUUGAAGCCAUGCCCUGCUCGAUCCACGGGCCCCACUGGAUGGACUGGCCGCUCAGCCCACUCGACCGCCGGUAUCGCGCCAGGGCGUCAAGACAGGCGUUCGCGGCCGAGUAGUUGGUCUGGCCGAAGUUGCCCAAGAGGGCCGCGACGGACGAGAACAUAACGAAAUGAUCCAGCUGCUCCGUCACGCCAUGCAGAUGCCACGCACCGAACACCUGAGUCAAUCAGUCAGUACAGAAUACACAACGACCAAACACAUACAUAUUGAGCGACUGAUUGAUUGUCCUGCUUUGUCUGUCUGUCUGUCUGUCUGUUGCUUGGCUGAGCUUGGCGUGAUUGACCUGCCUGCCUCACUGGCUCGCUGACGUACCUUUGGCUGAUAGACUUUGUUGAUGUGUUGCUUGGUCUGCUUGGCCAGCAGGGCGUCCUCGAGGACACCGGCCGCGUGGAAGAUGCCCUUGACGGGGUGAUCGGGCAUUCUCUUGUUGAGGUCUGCCAUGAGCUGCUCGCAGGCCUCUCGCUUGGACACAUCGCACGCCAUGCAGUGCACCUCGACCGACGAAGACGGGUAGGUGUCCUCGGAGGCCUGGAAGGCCUGCAGCCGCUGCCAGGGGGCUGAUGACUUGACGUCGUCGGUCGGUGAGCCACGGCGGGACAGCAGCACGAUGCGCUUGGCGCCCUCCUCGACCAGCCAGUCAGCGACCAGCAGCCCCAGCCCGCCCAGACCGCCCGUGAUGACGUAGCACCCUGUCGACGCGUCCUUGUCGUCAUGACUACUGACGUCCCUCGUCUUGGUCGUCGCCGCCUCGCCAGUCUUGUCGUCCUUGGCUUUGCUGUCGUCAGGCUUGUCUGCAUGGCUGCUGUCGACAGUGGCGGGGGAGCACUUGGGUCCCUCGAGGGCGCUGGGCACCUGCACGAUGACCUUACCGAUGUGCUGCGCCCGCUGCAUGAAGCGGAAGGCCGCGAUGCCGCCGGUGGUGUUGUCGGAGCUGCUCAUGUCGAAGACGCGCAGGGGCAGCGGCACCACCUCUCGUGCGUUGGCCAUCAGCCGGACCCGCUCGAGCAUCGAGCCGAACCACGCCGGCUCCUCCUCCAUCAUGUGGUCCACGGCGAUCCUCUUGUACAAGACGUCGGGCCGCCUCUCUUUCAUCUCGUCCUCCGACCAGGUGCCCCGCUUGCCCAGCUCCAUGAAGCGGCCGUUGGGUGCCAGGAGGUCAAGGGAGAAGGGAAUGAAGUCCUCGAUCAGGCAGUUGAGGACCACAUCGAUCUUGCCAUUGGGGCCCAGGAACCCCUCCAUGUCCUCCUUGAACUGCUUGGCGUUGCGAGAGCUCGUGAUGUACUGGACGCCCUCCUUGUCUCUCAGGUAAUCCUCUUUGGGCUUGCUCCCCACCGUCCCGUACACGGUCGCACCGACCGACCGACAGAACUGGAUGGCCGCCAGCCCCACGCCUCCCGACGCCGCGUGGAUGAGCACCUUGUCGCCUUUGUGGACCUUGGCCAGCUCUCUCAAGGCGACUUCGACGGUGACGAAGACGACUGGCAGCGCUGCGGCUUGCUCGAACGACAUGGUCACCGGCUUGAUGGCCAUCAAGUGGGCAUCCGUGGCCACAUACGUCCGCAGACACCCUGGCGCAACACCGUACACAUCAUCGCCCACACUCAGAUGCGUCACACCGGCUCCAACACUCACGACCGUCCCCGAGCAAUCGCCGCCAGGCGGACCCGGGUCGCCAGGAUAUAAACCCAUCACGUUCAACACGUCCCGGAAAUUCAAUCCAACCGCACGCACACGGAUGAUGACGCACCCCGCAGGCAGCUGCUCCCUGUUGAAGGGCGCGGAGGCCCUGAGGCGAAGGUUGCUGAGAGCUCCUCUCUCCUCCAUAUGGAGCUCCAUUGCACCCUUGACGUCGAGGUUGGCCUUGGAGAGGCGUGUGUGGUACACGGACACUUCAUUCGUGUCGGUCGACAGUCGAAGUGCCACCUCAGGGUCGAAGACGAGGCUCUUGCGUUUUAAGAGAUGGCCAAGUUGUGCAAAUAGGCCGUCCAUGCUCCCUCCGGGCGGGGGAUCCAGGUCCACACAUCCAAUCUUCACGGGCCUGCCAAGGGAGGCCUCCAGCUCCAGUCGGGCGCUCUUGGCAAAGCCCCACAGGCCGGCAUGUGCAGGGAAGACAGAGAGGACCUCCGACGGCACCGGCCGCGUCACUCCCCUUGUGGCCAGCCAGAGGGGCGCCAUGUGCUCCUUUCCACUCCCAAAGAGAGAAUUGACGAGCCGACGAGCAUCAUCAAUUGCUGCGACAACAGCUGUCGCAGAUGCAGCUGUAUCAUUGAGAGCCCCCAGGUAGACAAUGGCGUCGACCCGUGAUGCCGUCUCCUCCGACUCGAGCAUCUGUUGCAGCUCCUCCUCUGCGACUGCCUUGGAUUCCGUCGAGAAACCCGCCUCCGCCACAAGAGUGGAAAGCUCUUGAUCGAAGUUGUCAGGUGCAGCAAGGAAGAGGACCCGCGGCUUCACCUCGGUCACAGCCUCACCGCUGUCCUCCACCGCCUGUGACUUGUCUGCCUUGCGCCAGCAAACUUCCCAGAGCAGUUGGCUGGGGAUGGUGGCAGUGGCUGUCAGGAUCAUCUGUCGGAGAUGCAUGCCGAGAAGGAUUGCGACCGGGCGUCCCUCCCCAUCCUGAAGUGUGAUGUCGAUCUUGGCGGAGCGGUCGUCUCGACUCUUGAGUUUGACGUGGCUCCACACAUCAAGUUGCUGAUCCCCAGAUGUCACCACGAAGGCCUUCUCGACACCAACCGGAACCAAUGGCGCCUCGAGUUUGCCUUUUGCCUCUCUUGCAAGGAUGCCUGCUGCGCACUGGAUUGCCCCAUCAAGCAAGGCGGGAUGCACACAGAACGCCUCCUCAAAGUCUUCUUUGGACGCGACCUUCACGUGGCCCAAAGCUUCACCAUCGCCAACAGCCAGUUCAGCGACGGUCUGGAACUUCGGGCCGUAUUCCAGACCGAUGGAUCGGAGGCCGCUGUAGAAGUCUGCCACGUCCACCUUGUCGCUGCACCUGUCCUGGAGGACAGUUCUGCUCUCGACGAGAGACGUGUCGAUCUCGUCAGGGGUCGCAAAUGAAGCGACGCACCGACCAGUGCAGUUGAGCUGGAAGUCGUCAUCGUUGGCAUCCUUUGAUCGGAUCUCUAUGGCGGACGGGCUUGUGUCGCGGCUGGGAUGAUCCUUCUCGGUGACAAACUGGACAGUCGGCAUCGUGGUCCAGUCACCCUGCCUCUCAUUCUCGACUGGCGGGAUCAUCAGCGGUUUCUCGAAGCUUAUGUCCUCGAAGUGCAGAGCAGCAGCGGUUCUCUUCCUCGUCUCGACGGGUCUCCGGACGCCGAAGAAGGUCAGACCCUCGUGAAUUGUGAUGCCAAUCGCAGUCAGCAUGUCAAUGAAGCCUGCUCCAGGCAUGACGGCCUGCCCUGACACGGCGUGGUCACGAAGCAGACUUGCCACGUCACGACGAACGAUCGUAGUUACGGUCGCCCCGCUCUCCAGCCGGUCCACGCAGCCAAUACUCGGGUGUGCGACAUGGGCCCAUGGAAACCUCGAGUGUUUCCAUACGUGCGCCUCGUGAACCUCAGGCGGUGCUGCCGUCAUGAGAGAAACCGCGUCCUCGAAUGAACCCAAGAUGUCCUUCGAGCCGGGAUUCAAUGGCGACAGCCAAUCCAGAGUGGUCCCAGGAGAAACGUCCUUAAUGCACUGUUUGCCCAUGUUGAUCAGGGUGGGUUUGGGUCCGA